AUGUCUGUUGAAGUGGUGAUUGUGAACCCGGCGUCGAAGCCGCAGAAGGAUGAACCGGAGGAGGAGCUCUCUGAAGAGCAGAUCCAGAGUCUCCUGCUAGAAGCUGAAACAAGGCUGAAGAAGGCCUCGGGUAGCUCCAGCAAGCAAGACGGUGAUGGUGAUGGAGUCGUCUCCCUCGCUACCGGACAAGAGGUGGACGACUCGGCCUCGCGGCCAAGAGUCCCGAAUUUAAACCAUAAGCAAACAAUUCAGCCGUAUGUGCAGCAGUCUAAUAGCAUUGCUACUAUCGAUAAAUCCAGAUUGGUCCCAGAUUCGGCAAAGAAGCUUGCUGAGACUAUUCACACCGUCGAACAACCGUUUGUCAAGAACAAGGAAAAACCAACCUCAGGGCCAAAGUGGUUCAACCUGCCCAAGACUGUAGUUACUCCCGAGUUAAAGCGGGAUCUUCAGAUCCUCCGUAUGAGAUCCGUACUUGACCCUCACCGCCACUACAAGAAGGAUAAUGGCAAGGCCAGUAUACCAGAGUACUCUCAGGUUGGUACCAUCAUUGAAGGCGCCACCGAAUUCUUCAGUGCCCGUAUCACAAAGAAGGAGCGCAAGAACAAUUUUGCACAGGAAGUAAUGGCUGCAGAGAAAGAGAGUGGCCGUUUCAAGCGCAAGUAUGCAGAAAUUCAAGCUGCCAAGACCAGUGGGAAGAAAGCACAUUACAAAAAAUUAAAGGCAAAGCGAGCCAGGCCAAUGAAAUGA